AUGAUGAGCGCUACUUGGAAGGCUGUUGUUAAUUCCCUGGACCGGUUCCUCAUCCCGAACAUGGAUCGGAUGAGAUGUAGGUCGCUUUGCCUUCACGUCAACCCUACGAUGCGAUGCAAAUGCAUCGCGCGACUGUUAGCCGUGUUUCUUUCCGUUGUUAUUUUCGGAACCGCGUUAAUCGGACAUAUCACCUUCACAAGCGGCUUUUUUCGAAAUGGACGAACAGAUCACUUCGACAGACUUGAGAAGGCAACGACCAAAUCCUCCCAGCUGAUACAAAGAUCGGUGCUGAUUCGCUAUGGAGAUACAGAUCCAUUGGCCAUAUUCUCUGCUCAUAAGUAUCAAGGGAACGUCACUGUUAUUCUUUCGUCAUACGGAUACAUGAUGCGUCGUCUAUUCUGCCGCUUCUUUGAUAAAGAACAGGUGGAAAUCUUUCCUCCACGUCAAAUAACGGUUUUUCCUGAGUUUACUGCACGAUGCGGAUCAUACGAAAAGGCAAGCUUUGUCGCCGUUACUCUAAACGAUGACGAAAAGGUUGGCAAGUCGGAGAUGCAAAGAAUUGAAGAACCUCGAGCAGGUCAACAGCACUACUUUAGCGUAUGCCUGGCACCACUGUGGGGUAACUCACCGAAAUGGCUCAUGCUCAUCGAGUUCAUUGAAUAUUACUUGCUACAGGGCGCUCAGCAUUUCUACAUCUACAAGCAAAAUGCUGACAUUCUUACAGAAGCUGUACUCAGGACCUACAUCAAUGAAGGCAUAAUAGAAGUCAUAGAAAUAAACGAGGAGACCAACUGCUUGAAAAGGCAUAGAUGUCGUCAUGAAAUGCAGCUUCAGGACUGCACAUAUCGAUCACGUGGAAGAAGCAAAUGGGUAGCAACAGUAGAUCUCGACGAGCGGAUCAGCAUGAACAGUGGGAAGGACUUGAAAAACUUUAUCAAAUCAGUAGAUAAAGAAAGUUAUGGCGAGCUGAGAUUUCGCUGUCGAUGGGUAUUGCGCCAAGCAGAAGCACCCACUGAUCCGACACUUUGGCGAAGUGAAGGAGCACAAAUUCCCAUGGCAAUCUGGCACAAUACUAGCCACGUUGCACCAGUAAAUCACACAUCAAAGAGCAUUAUACAGCCGCUAAAGGUAGAGGGGAUGAGUGUGCACCAAGUCCUACGCUUUAGUCCAGAUGCUGAUGCAUUUCUGGUCCCAUCGGAGACAGCAGUUGUUAGGCACUACCGACACGUACAAGGAUGGACAUUUUUCCUGAAAGAAGCGGAAAGCUUCGGCUCCUUUGAAAAAACGGACGUGUCCAAGCACCUACUUGAUGCGCUACAAAAUAAAGUCCGUCAAAAAGCUGAUGAAUUGUUUCCGAACUCUUAG